CUCUGUUGAGGCUCAACAGUUAGAAGAAGAGAAUGAGAGAUUAAUUGAGCAGCUUAGCAGCCUUAAUUCACAAGUAGACCAGGUGACGAGUAAGGUUGUAAAAAUCUCCGAACUUCAAGAGAUAUUCAGUGAAAAGGUUCUACAGCAGAGUUCAGAUAUUGAACAUAUUCAUGCUCAGACAGUUUCCACAACGGAGAAUAUGAAGGAAGGAAAUGAGGCAGUGAGACAAGCAAUACAGAACCAGGCAUCUUACAGAGUAAUCAUUCUGUUCAUCCUACUUGUGUUCAGCUUCUCCCUUCUCUUCCUCGACUGGUUCAACGAGUAGAUGUACAUUGUACUACUGUAAAGUGUACACUAACUAGAUAUGUACACUGUACAGUGUACGCACAGCAUUUUUAUCGUAUGUGUUAGUGCUUAGAAUCAGGAUCCGGUGGAUUUUGGCUUUGCUGGAUCCGGAUAAAUGUCCAUGACCUGAACCCGGAUCCGGAUCUAAAUCUGCAUGGAUUCUAAGCACUGGUAUCUGUACGUUAAGCCAACUUUGUAAACAAGCCCAAAAUUCAUCUACAUUGAGUUUGUACAUUGUACACACUGCUUGUACAUCGUACAUUGUACACACUGCUGAAAAUAGAUCAUCAGCAGUGUGUGUACAUCAAUAUGUCUGAAAAGAUACACUGUACCAAUAACCAGUAUUAAGCGGACUGAUCGUCUAAUAAUAUUUUUCAGUCUUGUCUGAUUUUGAAAAUUAUAACAAAUAUGAUUGAUAAAUCACUAAAAUGUUUAAGCACAGAGUUACAUAAGUUAAUAAUUGCAAAUCUGUAGUGACUGAUAAAUACAAGACUUACAGAGACUGUCUUCGUACUUUAAAGUGUCCCUCCAUAAAUAUUAUUUUAAUGCAUUCCUGAUUCACAAAGUAGAACAAUUGUAGAAUAUAUUGUUGUUUUUCUAGCUCGUAAAGUAUUUAAUUAUGAAAUUUUCUCCUUAUGAUCAUAAAGGUACUGUUGUAAAUCGGCAUGACCCUCGUUUAAUACGGGUCACUUAAAACUACGACUAUCUCAUUUAUAAAGACGACUUUCAUUCGUUUUUUACUGUCUUUGACGGUACAGUGUAAAAUUUGCUUACUAGUUCAGUACAUGUUAAGCUAAACUAUAACAUUCACCUUAUAAUAUUCGCAAAUUUAUUUAAAUGUUUAAAAAAACUGUUAAAAAUAUCAGAAUGUGCAGAAUAAGUAAUUAGGUAAAAAAAUUGAGGUAUUUUUUCUUUUUCAAUUUUAUUGUUUUUUUUUUUGAAAUUUAAAGUGCUUACAUUUUAUAUUCCUACUUUAAAGGGAAAAAACUCUGUAAUUUAUUAGUUGUUUUGAGCAAUUUUUCUUCUGCUCCGUGUUAUUUACCGUUUUGGAUUCAUGAUUUUGAUUUUGAUAGUUUUUUUCACUGUAUGCAUAAAGCGUACUAAUGGCCGCCAUCUUUUUUGAUAAUAAAUGCCACUAAAGACAUUUUUGCAAGUGAAAUUGUUUUCUGAAAAUUGGUCUUUUCGAUUACGAGAGAUGAAUUGGUUUUGAUUAAAUAUAAUUUCGGCGGGAAAUGUUCACAACUAUUUAAUAGCAAGUUUGAUAAGAGAUUGCUGAUUUAUUUUAAACAUUUUUUUCUCGAGUUUUUUGUCAUUGCUUUUGUUAAAAUAACUGCAUGUUUUUGAACAACAGUGGUCAAUUUUGUUUUUUCUUUUCUUUUAAAAAACAUGAGCAGUUAGUUCAUAGUUACACUUUUUCUUACUUCUUCCAUUUUUCCGAAAAGUGAUCUUAUUUUGUUAUUAAAUGUUUUAAGAAUCUAAAAAUACUGUGAUAUUGUGAAUUCGUGGAGUUUGAGGGAAAACAUAUAUAAUUAAAAUAGUUAUUUUUAUUCAUCUUUGAAUGUAAAAUGUUUUUUUUUGUUACUUUUAUGAAUAUAAGAGCUUUUAACGUUAA